AAGCAGGGGAGCAGGAGGGGAGCAGCGAGGCGCGGCUGGGGAGUGGCUGAAAUGCUGCUGCAGGCACUUGUCCGUUAGGACGUUGGCCCUGGCGGGCUUGGCUCGAGAAGACCUAUGUCGCGAACUAGAAAAUCGUCCAGGCCGGUGUGAUCCGAAUUCAGUUCAACGGAUACUCCCGCAGCUGUCCCUGCUCUGUUCCAGCCACCUUGCUCGCUGCAGGACCUCAAAUGAACGAGGCUCCUUUUCAUGAUGUUCUGGAAACUACUGACUCUGUCGGGAGACGGGAGGAUAAAUCUUAUUUGAUUUGAGCCUUAUGCCAAAUCACUAGCUGGAAGCGCGAAUCUAACAUGUACAAAGAUGUAAUUGGGUCUUCUUGUCUGAGCAGUGGUGAAAAUCUAAAUAUCAUAGCAGUUUCAAUGUAAGAGAUUGAGGAAAGGUACAGCCAUAACGUUGGUGAAGGCCAAAUAAUGAAGGAUCUUGUAUUCGCUAAGAAGAUUGUGACCAUGGCUGCUGAGUCUGAUGUUCUGCACUUCCAGUUUGAACAACAAGGAGAUGUAGUCUUGCAGAAAAUGAACCUCUUGAGGCAGCAGAAUUUAUUUUGUGAUGUGUCGAUUUAUAUUAAUGACACUGAGUUCCAGGGACACAAGGUGAUUUUAGCUGCUUGCUCCACCUUUAUGAGAGAUCAGUUUUUACUCACACAGUCAAAACAUGUCAGAAUCACCAUCUUGCAGAGUGCAGAAGUUGGCAGAAAAUUGUUGCUCUCUUGCUACACUGGAGCACUUGAAGUUAAAAGGAAAGAGCUUUUGAAAUAUUUGACUGCUGCCAGUUACCUUCAGAUGGUUCACAUUGUGGAAAAGUGCACAGAAGCUUUGUCAAAGUAUCUGGAAAUUGAUCUUUCUAUGAAAAAUAACAAUCAGCAUGCUGACCUGUGUCAAUCCUCUGAUCCAGAUGUUAAGAAUGAAGAUGAAAAUUCAGAUAAAGACUGUGAGAUCAUUGAAAUUUCAGAAGAUAGUCCUGUAAACAUAGAUUUCCAUGUUAAAGAAGAGGAAAGCAACGUUUUACAGUCUACAGUAGAGAGCUUGACAGCAGAGAGAGAGGAAAUGAGAUCACCAGAGCUGUCUUCAGUAGACAUGGGUUUUAAAGACAAUGAAAUUCGUAUCCUCCAUGUGGAAUCUAUCAGUACUGGGGGUGUAGAAAAUGGAAAGUUUUCACAGCCCUGUACCUCUUCAAAAGCAAGCAUGUAUUUCUCAGAAACACAGCAUUCGCUGAUCAAUUCUACAGUUGAGAGCAGAGUGGCAGAAGUUCCUGGAAAUCAAGAUCAAGGCUUAUUUUGUGAGAACACUGAAGGAAGUCAUGGUCCAGUGAAUGAGGUUCAGAAUCUAGGGGAUGCUUUUUCCCUGAGGCACCAGUGCCCCCGGUGCCCUCGAGGGUUUCUUCACGUUGAGAACUAUUUGCGCCACCUUAAGAUGCAUAAACUGUUCUUGUGCUUACAAUGUGGGAAAACAUUUACACAAAAGAAAAAUCUCAACAGGCACAUUCGAGGGCACAUGGGCAUACGGCCCUUUCAGUGUACUGUGUGCUUGAAGACAUUUACUGCGAAAAGCACACUUCAGGACCACUUGAAUAUACACAGUGGGGAUCGGCCAUAUAAAUGCCACUGUUGUGACAUGGAUUUCAAGCACAAAUCUGCCCUCAAAAAGCAUUUAACCUCACUCCAUGGCAGAAGCAGUGGUGAAAAACUACCUAGGCAUGAUCUGGAAAGGCAAAACCUACUGUAACUAGAACCACACCUUGUUAUGUAAGCUGUAUAUCAUUCUGUUGGGCAAGUCUUUCUAUAGAAAUGCAGCAUUUGUAAUAUUGCAUUUCCACCCCCAUCUUUAGAUCUUAUUUUUGGUCUACCUACACAUGUUAUUCUUUCUGAACUUGUACUACCAGUUCCAAAGUGUGGAAGACAUGAUAAAGCUGAUAGGAUGCU